AUGCCGACACCAUCCUCGGAACCGCCGCUCGAUCCCUCGUCGCCGCCCUCUUACAACUUUUCGACUUGUCCCGACGAACUACAGCAUUCAUCUCACAGCAGCCAGACAGCCCGUGAAGAAAUGACUCCUGGGCUGGAGUCGGCUUCGGACAGGCGGAGCCAGUCGCCUGGCGAGGCUCCGUCUAUCGGCUCAGAGCAAACACGAGCCAUGAUAAGAGAGGACUCUUUGGUAACAGACGAUCGCAUCUCCGCCGAACCGUCAUCGAGGGCGACUACAGUGUCCCCACGCCCUCAAUCCAGCGCGACCGGCGCAACUUCGCCCCCUCCCGACCUCGGCAACGGCAAGCAGCGAGAGCUUGAGCGCCGGCCUAGCAUUGAUCAAAGGGCUACUGCGGGCAGCCCUUCCCCGGCCAAUAAGGUCGGCCUAGAAGAAGCUGCCGACAGCGAGUUCGACACAUGUUGUGACGACACACAGAGUUCAUGCUAUACUGGCCUUGACUAUUCCAAUAAAAGAUCCAUUCCGUUUAGUCCAUGUUCGUAUCUGCGACCGGGCACCAAAUUCCACGGCACACAACAGUCUGAACGGCAGGUAUACGAGGUUCAAGUCGAAAUCAAGUAUGUCGACAUGCGCGAGUCAUUCUUAUGCGGCUAUCUGCGCAUUCAAGGUCUCACCGAAGAUCAUCCAACUCUCACCACAUACUUUGAAGGCGAAAUCAUCGGAGCAAGGUACAGCUUCUUCACACAGCACGACGACUGGGGUGCCAAUUCCAAGGUGGACUUGAGCCAUUGGUCCAAGUUUGACGCAUUUCGACCGUACCAGAAGCAGGCAAAAAAGGGGUCUGUCGUUAUACCCGAUGUUGCCCAAAAAGAGCAUAUAUUUAUGCGAUGGAAGGAGCACUUUCUGGUUCCAGAUCAUCGCGUUCGCACGAUUCAUGGAGCCAGCUUCGAGGGUUUCUACUAUAUAUGCUUCAACCAGGUCAGGGGAGAAGUCAACGGCAUCUACUUCCACUCAAAGAGCGAAAAAUUUCAACAGCUGGAGCUGAAGCACGUCCCUGAUCGAGGGUGCUUUAUGGCCAUGGAGUUUCGAUGA